AAUUUACUUGAGGCUCGUUGACACACUCCUAUUGUUGUACACUUCGUUUCCCAUUUAACUGUGCGCACAGUUUUAUUGGGCAUAUUUGAGAAAUUACAACGCAUUGUUCUGCGAUUUGAUGUCCCUGCACUUUGUUGCAAUUGCUGCAAGAUCCUCUGGCAAAUGAAAUUAAAUUUAUCAUUUUUAUCUUUGUUGCCGUGUUCCUGAGUGUCAUUUGAUGAUGAGCGGGAGUUUUUGUGUUGACUAAUGAGUUGAGCUAUUGUUGAAAUCCCAUUUGAUUGCCUAUCAAUUCGUCUGAUCAAUGUGACUCACACUUCGACUUUGCCAGAAAUUUGAUAAACGGUGAUAAAGUAUAAUCUUACGUUGACUUUUGAUAGCACGUUUUUCAGUGAAAUUCGCCCAUUAGACACUUAAAUGUCACAUUCUUCAUGCUUUUAUGGGCACUGCGGAGACUUAAUUAAAUGUGGAAUUUGCAGAGCUGCAAUGGCAUCUCUCUUGGGGUUUUCUAGUGGGGAAAAUCACACUUGCAAGCACGCAUGAUUGAUCGAUUUUUCAGCAUAGAUUGUCCUCAAUGAGCGCAUACUCUUUGUGGUUGUCGCGAGCAAAUGCGCAAUCGCACACUGAUCGCAGUGAUAAAUUUUCGUGAAUACAAUGGGCACACCUCCUCUUCCGCCCAUUGGAUGCCGCGUAAAGAGAGUCCAAAAUUUAUAACCCGAUUGCGUGCGAAUUGACUAAUUUAUUCACAGACAAACUGCCAAAUUGGACGAAUCAUUAAUCACAAGAGCACCACUUAUGGGGGGUCUCGGUGUGAUGCGCGAGCCUCAUUAUUUGGUUCGUGAAACGUCUGUGCGCGCAUCAAGAGCUGUGCGGUCUGUGGACAACAUUAAAUAUUCAAUUGCUCUGGGACCAGAAGACAUUCUUAUUGUCCACUGCAGAGAAAAUUUAAGUGGCGCGGCGGGAAAAGUGACUGAUGACUACUGAAUUUAUUGAAUAAUAAAUUAGUGUGUUGCAUGUGGAAUUAGUCUAUGGAGAAAUAUCUUCUUUUGGCAUGGAAGGAUUAAAGCCACCAGAGACUCAAUCUUGUUCGGGCUUUUGCAAUGAAGAUCAUAAAUAACUGAAAUGCCUCAAAUAGUCACAAGUGGGGUGUCAAUGCACAGAAGUAAGGAUUGUGUUAUUCAUCUAAUUGUAUGAUGUUAUUAUUAAUGGGGUCUCUUGUGUACACUUGAAUGAUUUAUAUCAUCUACACUUGCCCAAGACGCCGUAUUGCGGAAAACUGUCAUAAGCCAGAGGGAUUGAAAAGAGAUCUCGCAUAUAUAUUCUGAGCCCUAGAGGUGCAAUAAUUCAAUUUGAGCAAACGUGAUUAAUUGUAUAAAAUUGCACAACACUUAUAAGCAAAACAAUUGGUGUAAUCUCCGGAUAUUUACUAGAAAAAAUCUCUGCACAAUCAUAAAUCAAUUUUGUGCGCUCCAACAAUUUAUUACUUUCAACAAAAGUUCACAGUUUUUGUAUGUCAUAUAAUAUACAUAUGUAUGAUGUUAAUAUGCCGAAAAAUGUGGGAAAUUGAAAUAACUCUCAUCCGGCAGUUGCAAUGUUUGCAGGAGAAUCACAAUUCUCAGAAAACUACGCGGGACAGUGGGCUCAUCACGCGAUUACAAUUUGAAUGCACAUGAUGCAUAUAUUGCGAUAAUAGCACAUGAAUUCAUCUCACUUGAUUGCUCGCUGAAGUUGCACUGACGCGGGGCAAAAUGCUGGUUGAAAAAAUAUGAAGAUUGAAAGUGAGAAGGCAAAAAGUGCGCAAAUUACUCUAUUGAUGUGAAAUGAUUGAGGGAAAAAAGAUGUAGGGGAGAGCAGAGCAAUUCUAGUUCGAAAAUAUUCAAAUUUGAGGAAUUUUUGAUGCCAUUUCUCCGUGGUUAUGAUUGAAAACCUGUUUUCAAUGUCUUUAAUUGUAUUGUCUUCAUUUACUUAAAUCUGUCCUAAACUAUCCCCCUUGUGCCCUAUUCAAUGUGAGUUGCCGGCGAGACUUGCGAGGUGUGUAUUCAGUUGAAUUGAUAAUUUUAAUUCGUGCUCGAGAGAUGAGAUUCACAUCGAUAGUUUGUGGAGUUUAAUGACGAGCCUCAAGCUGCGAAUAAAAUGAUCAUUUGGCACUCAAUUGAUUGAUUGCACUAAUGCUCAGGCUAGGCGGACGGUGUUUGCUGAUUUGAAAUUUAAUUAAUGACACCUCUGAGUGAACACUUCAGUCUGCUAGUGUUUUCGUGGAAUUUCCGCGCGGCGACCAGAUAAGAGACUAAAUGCCAGUUUGUUCCUGUCCAGUUGUGUUGAUCAGUGAAGAUUACGACAAGAUGAGCUGCCGUGAGUAUCACUAUAAAGAUGAUGAGUGUGUAAAAGAUGUGGACAAUGCCGAUGUUGAGGAGGAGCAUGAGAAAGCCAGUGGACGGAAGGCGCCAUACACGAGGAAGAAGAGCUCCUCGAAUCUCUAUAGGAAGGCCAUGGCUUCGGCGGAGAAGCCCAAGUUUCUCAUCCCACACACCGGACAAUCCGUGCAUCAUAACUCCUCGGGUGGUCUAAGGAAGCAAGUCCUGUCCAGACGCACGCCAUCGCCUUCCUCGCCCUUUGGCUCGAGCCUCUGUCCAGGAUAUGAGCAAUACCAAAUGGCCCUGCUUGAGGUACCGAUGCCCAGGGACUUCGGUGAUGCUUCCAGUGACGAUCUCAGCUCCGAGUGGGACAGCGAUGCUCCAGAUACGCGUUUCCCUGUCAAGGAGACUAAGCCAUCAGGAUGGCGAAAGCUACGCAACAUCGUCCAGUGGACGCCCUUCUUCCAGACCUACAAGAAGCAGAGAUAUCCGUGGGUUCAGCUCGCGGGUCACCAGGGCAACUUCAAGGCAGGUCCUGAUCAGGGGACAGUAUUAAAGAAGCUCUGUCCCAAGGAGGAGAUGUGCUUCCAGAUCCUGAUGAAAGACGUUUUGCGACCAUACGUUCCUGAAUACAAAGGACAAGUGACGAGUGACAAUGGAGAAUUUUAUUUGCAACUGCAAGAUCUGCUGAGUGACUUCUAUCAACCAUGCGUGAUGGACUGCAAGAUUGGCGUGAGGACGUACUUGGAGGAGGAGUUGUCGAAAGCCAAAGAGAAGCCCAAGCUGCGAAAGGACAUGUAUGAGAAGAUGAUCCAGAUUGAUCCCAAUGCGCCAACCGAGGAUGAGAAUCGCGUGAAGGGUGUCACAAAGCCACGCUACAUGGUGUGGCGAGAGACGAUCUCCAGCACCGCGACCCUUGGCUUCCGGAUAGAGGGCAUUAAGAAGGCUGACGGAACGAGCUCUAAAGACUUCAAGACUACAAAAUCGCGGGAGCAAAUUCUCCAGUCCUUCAGGGAUUUCACCGAAAUCUUCUCCCAUGCUGUGCCAAAAUACAUUCAGCGCUUGAAGGCGAUCCGAGCGACACUGGAGUGCUCGGAAUUCUUUAAGACUCACGAGGUAAUCGGAAGCUCGCUCCUGUUUGUCCACGAUCGCACUCAGGCGAGCAUUUGGCUAAUUGACUUCGCCAAGACAAUCGCGCUACCGCCCAACGUGACCAUCGAUCACAACAGCAAGUGGAAAGUGGGCAAUCAUGAGGAUGGCUACCUCAUCGGCAUAAACAAUCUCAUUGACAUCUUCACCGAGCUGCAGAGCCAGCAGAUCCAGCCGGCGCCGGAGAGUCCUCAGGCGCCGUCUGUCAUAUCACUAGUCGAUCGCAUUCCCGUCCUCUCACUUUCCACGGAGAUCGUUAACUCCCACAACAACAAUGACAAUCUUUAGCUCUCCGCAGGCC